CGCGCAGCAGCUCCUCUGGGUGGCACUGGUCUUCAUCUGGAGAAGCAGCGCGACAGGAGGUGACAGCGGUUUAGUGUAGUUUAGUUUAGUGAGCUGUCCUGUCAGAUCGGUGGAAACCCCACCCCGUGAGCUCCGGAGAACCUGUGAAACGGGAGAGAGACAUGGAGGAGAAGGGCGGUGCAAGUGCGUACGGGGCUUCGCUCGCCGGAGGAGGCUUCGACUUCUACAAGUUUGUCCGACAACCGCAAACCAUCGUGCGGAUACUCAGUUGGAUAUUUGCCCUGGUGGUGUUUGCUUCCAUCUCAACAGAGGGCUACAUCAACUCUACCCACAGUGCCGAGGUAAAGUGCAUCUUCAACCAGAACGACUCAGCGUGUCAUUACUCUGUUGCCAUCGGGGUGAUUGCCUUCCUGGCAUGUGUUGCCUUCCUGGUGGUGGACGUUUACUUGCCUUUUAUGAGCAACGCACAGGAAAGGAAGUACGCUGUCAUUGCAGACCUGGUAUUCUCAGGGGUGUGGUGCUUCCUUUGGUUCGCUUGUUUCUGCCUGUUGGCCAGUCAGUGGGCUAAAACUCAUGAUGUCACCGGUGUCCCACAGGACGCCGCACGAGCCACUGUGGCCUUCUCAUUCUUUUCUAUCGCCACAUGGGGAAUCCUGACCUACUUUGCAUUGGUCCGUUUCCGCCGCGGUGUUAAUGAAGGAACCAUCUCGACCUUCAUCGACGGGGCAGAUCACAACACCCCUUACCCUCCAACCUACGCCCCCACCUCCUACAACCCCACCACCUACACCCCUACCACUUACAACGCCUACCCCAGCAAUGUGCCCGACAUGCACCAGCAGCCCCCCUUCACGCCAAGCCCCCAGCCGCCAGGAGACGCUGACUACCAACCGCCCAGCCACUGAGACAAAGGGAGGUCACAUGGACCAGAUCAUCUGAUGGUCCACUGAUUGUAGUUGCACUGCACAGACCCGGAGCUGUGUCAUAUUGAUGUGGUUUUAUAUUUGAUUCAACACACUUUUCCAAGUGUUGUCCAAUUUGAGAGCCUGAGCAGUGCAACUGCAAGUUAGAGACGAGGGACACCGCUGUUUACAUUUAAAGGGUCGGCGGUCAGAUAUCAAGACGUCAGGCUGACUGUUAAGAAUCCAACCUUCAACUUGUGUGCAAAGAUGCAACUUUUUACCUCAAGUGGGCUGAUCCUAAAGGAGAGAGGUAGAUAGAAUGUACCCAGGAGGUCAAAGGUCACUUAUAAUGUGACAUAGAGAAUGUGUUCCUCUUUACUCUCUGGUGGAACCUGAUAAUCUGCAUUUGUACAUAGAUGUCACCUUACAAAGCUGCCAUUUUAAUGGUUCUAUGUGCCUAAUGUUCUUUGGUUAUUUGGUUUGGUGGAGGUUUCUCCUUCAGUGCAUGUCUUGAGGACCUUUCAACAGUUCAUGUAUUAAAUUACAGUGGGAAAAUACCACUAGAAAGCCAAAUGUCCCCCUGUGAUUUAGUUUCUUUGUAAAACAUGGGUUCUCUACAGUUUGUGCAGUUAAGUUUCGUAGCCAUAAAAUCAUGAAAUCACCCUUGA